AGGACUGUCUGAUAUCCUCCACUGCCCAAUGCAGGAUGGCUUUAAAUCUACAGAAGAAAAAGAAGAAGAAAAUGCUGGAUACUAUGAAGGCCAAGAAGGAGGGGCUACACGUUCAGCUCCUGUCUGAAGAUGAGAAGGAUGUCAGCAAAGCAAAAGCUGUUGAACAGAACAAGUCCAAAAAAGACAGUUCAGAUAGUUUGAAUGCAGAUCAGACCUGUAAGACUGAUGUGUGUGAUAAAGACAAAGAUGAAACUACAAAUAAAAGAAACAGAGGAAAAGGAUUCAGUUCUUCUUGCAUGAGUGAGGAUGAAUCCAAAUGUGAAAGCCUAAAACCAUCCAGUUCUGGAAUGGACUUUGUUGAUGGCGACAGUUUGCUGCCUACUAUAAAGACUGCCAAGGAGUGUGCUGUCUUAUACCCGGUCGCCGAGCAUCAAGACACAGAGCGAGAUCCCACUCCACAAGCAGAGACCCCUCCACCUCAGGGGAAGCUGUCUGACACAGAGGAUACAGUCAAGAAAGCUGAUGAUGACGAUCUUGAAGUCAGAAAUACACCGGUCUCACAACUCAUUCCACAAGAGCAUGAGGAGAGGGUGGCCCCAGCCCACCCUGAAAGUAGUAUUUUCUUUGCUGGAGGUGAUCAGUCCAUACCCAGGGCUUUUUUACUGUCAAUGGAGGAAAACCUGUCUUUACCCCAAGGGGAUGACAUUUUCUCCAUGGUGAUGGAAUCCCAGCUGUUUUUGGAUCCCCCUCCCUCCCCAUCUUCAGAAAUGGAAGAGAUUCCUGGCUUGUGUGUGCAAAGUGAACAGAGCAUUAGCAGUGAGAAUUCCCUAGAAGACCUACAUUCCUGUACAUCUAUAGAAGAAGAACUGUAUGCCUGUGAAUCCAGGGAAUUAGCAGAGGGAGACCUCUUUGAUGAGAGUCUGCCCCAAAAGAGCCUAUCUUUGUUCAUGGAAAAGCUAGACUCUGAGAAUGAAUCGCUAGCUUAUAACAACAUUAUGGCAGAAGUGGACAACAGUGACAUCAAGCAGCAGGAGCAGGUGGUUCCUGGCUCUGCUCCCCAGACCCCAGAGACCCCUCAAGAUGGACCAGAAUUCUUUUGCAAAACAGAAAACAACAGUCUGGAGGCCAGCACUGCUGAGUCCACUCCACAUUGUGUCACCCAGUCCCUGGGGAAACCGGAAGCUGAGGAGGGACUGGUAGAUUCAGAGAAGGGGAUUAAAUCUGAUCAACAGCUGAAUUCACAAGUCUCUUUCCAGGCCCUGGAGAAUCCAGAAGAUAAGGAAGAAGGCAUGAAUGAAUUUAAAAGUCUGCUUGUGGACUCCAACAGCAAGGAGCAGCAGACUCUGGUGCUCACUACCCAGGCUUUGGAGAAAUCUGAAGUUGAGGCUUCCUCUGAAUUGAGUAGCUACACUGAGAAGCUUCAGGGAGGCCGAAACACCACCAAGAUGCCUCCACAGCUUCCCUGA